AUGCAAAGAAAGGAGUUAGCCGAGAAAAGACGAAAGAAAGAAGAGUUUGAAGAGGAAAUUAGGGAAGAAGUAUGUGUUGAAGUUCAGGAUUUGGGAGAGGAUAGUGAGCUCGAUAGGGAAGAGGAAGAUAAGGAAGUGGUCGACUAUAAAAAUGAAAGAAUAUGUGAACAGUUACUUACCAUAUCUCUCAUGCGAAAGAAGGAAGAAAAGAAACCACGAAUAAUUAAAGGAUUGCCGAAAACAACUUAUUAUCGCAAGUUCGGCUCUUCCGGUACUCUGACCAAUGCUGCUAAGGGAACCUGUAAAAUUAUGAGUUUUUUUGGAAACAUAAAUGAUCUUACAGCAACUUUAAUGGAUGAUGUAUCAUCUGUUACAAUAUAUGAAAAAAUGGCACCUUUAGUGAAUGAAGCUUUAUCAGUUACAGU